GCUCCCAGUCCUCUGCGAGUCGAAGGAAGUGCAAAUUAGGAAGUGCUCACCUAUUUUGGAGAGCAUAUAUUUGUCAGGGAAUGUAUCAUUGCCAUCUUCUGAAUACAAAACAGUUCCCGAUAUAUGGAAGAUGGCAGCGGAGAAGUUUGGCAGCCGCAUAGCAUUAGUGGACCCAUAUCAUAACCCUCCAACAAAUUUGAGCUACAAGCAGCUUGAGAAGGAAAUCCUGAGCUUUGCCGAAGGCCUUAGAGCUGUUGGGUUAAAACCAGAUGAAAAGAUUGCGCUUUUUGCAGAUAAUUCAUGCCGAUGGCUAGUUGCAGAUCAAGGUAUAAUGUCUACUGGCGCAAUCAAUGUGGUGAGGGGUUCGAGGUCAUCGGUUGAUGAGCUUUUGCAUAUAUACAACCAUUCUGAAAGCGUCGCCCUUGUUGUCGACAGUCCAGAAAUGUACAGCCAAAUUGCAGAAACUUUCCACACUCAUGCAGAUGUAAGAUUUGUCAUCAUCCUUUGGGGAGAAAAGUCAAGUAUCACACAUGAAGUAUUAGAUGGAUUCCCCAUGUAUAGUUAUACAAAGAUCUUAGAUUUGGGAAAUGAGAGUCAUAUGGUGUUGCUUCACUCACAAGAAGCUGGGCAUCAAUACACAUAUGAACCGAUCAAAUCCGAUGAUGUCGCUACACUUGUUUAUACUAGUGGAACUACUGGAAAUCCAAAAGGUGUUAUGCUUACACAUAACAAUCUGCUUCACCAGUGAUAGGAGCAGGUAGCAUAGAAGGAAUGACAUGACAAGUAGAUGGUUUUUGGGACACAGACAAUGGUACUUUGGUACACCAGCAUCCUCAACGGUUUCCCUUCAAGGGGAGGUUUUGAAUCUCUGGGAUCCUGUACCUGUUUUGCCCGGGGAUAGAUUCCUGAGCAUGCUUCCUCCUUGGCAUGCAUAUGAACGUGCUGCUGAAUAUUUCUUACUCUCUCUUGGAUGUGAGCUAGUAUACACUACGGUAAAAAACUUAAAGGAAGAUCUAAAACUUUAUCAGCCACAGUACGUAAUAUCAGUUCCUUUGGUAUAUGAGACAUUGUACAGUGGAGUUCUGAAGCAGAUUAAUAAAAGCAGCACUGCUCGUAAUCUCAUCGCCUUAUUAUUUUUAAAGAUCAGUUUGACGUACAAGGAAGCCAAAAGGAUAUAUGAGGGGAAAUGCUUAACACAAGAUCAAAAGCAACCUUCUUAUCUUGUUUCAGUUUUUGACUGGUUAUGCGCCAGAGCCAUUGCUGCUCUAUUGUGGCCAUUGCAUUUGGUUGCAAGGAAAUUAGUCUACAGAAAAAUUCACUCAAAUCUUACUAUGUCUAAGGCUGGAAUAAGUGGAGGUGGUAGUCUAUCCCCACACGUUGACAGGUUCUUUGAGGCAAUUGACAUGACAAUACAGAAUGGAUAUGGUUUAACAGAGUCAUCUCCUGUUGUUGCAUGUCGGCGUCCAAACUUGAAUGUAAUUGGUUCAAUCGGGCAUCCCAUCCGGUACACAGAAAUAAAAGUUGUAGAUGUUGAAACAGAUGAGGUCCUCCCUCAUGGUUCAAAAGGCAUUGUCAAAGUCAAGGGACCACAAGUCAUGAAGGGCUACUACAAGAAUUCUAUGGCUACAAAGCAAGCUAUAGAUGAGAACGGAUGGUUAAAUACAGGCGAUCUUGGUUGGAUUGUUCCUCAUCAUUCUAUAGGACGAUCCCGUAACGCCUCGGGUGUUAUUGUUCUCGAAGGUCGUGCCAAGGACACUAUAGUCCUUUCAUCAGGUGAAAACAUUGAACCAUCUGAAAUUGAAGAUGCUGCAAUGGGUAGCAAUUUAAUUCGAAAUAUUGUUGUCAUUGGCCAGGAUAAACGCCGUCUUGGAGCUAUUGUUGUACCACAUAAGGAAGAGGUCCUUUCUGCUGCAAAAAAAUUGUCUGUUGUGGAUGCUGAUGCCACUCAAGUUAGCAAGGAAAAAACAGCUAGCCUACUACAUGACGAACUAGUUAAAUGGACGGCAGCUUGCAUGUUUAAAGUUGGUCCUCUCCUUGUGAUUGAUGAGCCUUUUACGGUUGAUAAUGGUUUGUUGACUCCAACAAUGAAAGUUAAGAGAGACAAAGUAACAGAUCUGUAUAAAGAACAAAUAGACAAUCUAUAUAAUUGACUUUCCCCAAACGUAUUUCCAAGUGUUCUUCCUCCAAAAACAGAGAAUGAUGUAAUGUUGUUUUCAGUACUAGAAAAUUUACUCUUUUUUAGUCAGAUGUAAUAAUUAAACUUUUUUUAGUUGUAUAGGCAUUUAACGAUUCUAGGUACCUAUUAGGGAGUUGACUACACAUAACACACAUAAACCAUUGAGGAGCACUGGUGGUAGGUGUAGAGAAGGGGUUGGACACUUGGACACAGUCCUACCAGUGGACUGCCGGUUCUGCUCCUCCAUUUGAUAUGAUUAGAUCAGAACCUUAAAUAGCAUGCUCCUGAUCUUAGCCAUUGGGACUAGUAGUCAUAAUAUAUCCUAACACCUUGUUCUAGUUCUCCGUUUGACAAAACCAGACUAGGACCUUAUGUAACAUUAUUACUGGGUUUGAUCCAAUCACGAUUGAUCAAAGCUGGAACUUUUUGAAUCAGCUUUUGUUCCUGAACAUCAAUUAUUCGUAUUUGUUUUCUGCCUUGUU